GUGAGAGGGCUCUGCAUGAGAUUGGCCAUUUAAGUGUCAAUCAAACUAGGUCAUGGGACGUGAUAACCAAUCAGGUUCCUCUAGCAAACUGCCGCUCCAGAUGUAUGACCACAGAUCGAGACACUUGUCGUCUUCGACGAGGAAACUUUUUAUAGAUGCGACAGGAGAGUUGAGAUAUCUGCAGGAUAACACAGCUGAUUAACGGAGCUACAGCUGACAUCAGGCAGGGGACUGAGAGGAAAAGGACUAAUCCAGAGACUCCGCACUUCUUGCACCACUAAAAGUGAAAGUGAAACUGUGAAAGUGAUCAGACAUUUCAGAGGAGGGACCGUUACUCGAAGACAAAAUGGUCUCCGUAGCUCUCUGAAGAGGAGUUCUUCAGUUUACGGUGAAACACUCAGGGAUCCUUUUCUCCUGUCAUGUGGUCACAGUGUGUGUGAAGCUUGUCUAUAGCAGGAGUGUCCAGUCUGCAGGAGAAACAGCCUGUGUGUGUUUGGUGUGUUAAGAUUCUUAGAAGCAGAGAAACCACAACUUCACUCCCAUAGCUGAAACACUUGACUGAGGAAGGCAAAAUGGCAGCCGCAGUCAUGGACAAAGAUUUUAAACUGGUCACCCCUGAUCAUCUUGUGAAGGCUGGUGGUGAUGUCACUCUGCCUUGUCACCUCUCUCCUAAAACCAGUGCUGUGGCCAUGGAGAUCAGGUGGUUUAAUGGGAGACACUGUAUCUACCUGUAUAAGAAUGGUCAUGUGACAGAGGGGGAGUACUAUGAGGGCAGAGUGAGUGUGAACACCCAGGAGCUGCAGAGAGGAGACGUGUCUCUGAGACUGAGGAAUAUCAGAUGGGGAGAUGAAGGAGUGUACACAUGCCAGGUCAUCAGUGGAGAACACAAGGAGGAGGGAAGAGUCGGGCUGAGAUGUAAGUCUCCUGUUUCUCUGCUGUAAAGAGCUCAGUGCUGUCAUUCAUGUCACAAACUAAACCUGCUCACACUUACACUCUCUAACCAGAUUACACUUUCAUACUAAAUACCUUCACACCCUAGCCCUUUCUCUCUCUAUCACACACACACUCUCUCACACACAGAUACAAUAAUCCAGUCCAGUAUCUAUCGUGUGUGUGUGUGUAUAUUUGUGUUUGAU